CAUUCAGCAGCUCGAGACACACCACCCUGAGGAACCUGCGAGAGAGGAGAGCCACUGCUGCUGGGGAGUAAACGAUGCUUUCCUCUUUUUGGGAUUCAUUCGAAUUACGAAAUUGUGGAUUUAUACGUGUUUGUGGAAGAUAUUGAAUUCAAAAGGAUAUUAGGCUACACGGAAUUGAUACUUAAUCAUCAUUAAAGGGGAUAGAGGGUGAGACGGUGCCAUGACAGUUGACUUGUGAUUGCAUCUAGAAGAGCCUAGAAGCCAACAUUCACCUGCAUUACCGUCAUCUCUAAGUUGGAACAUUAUCAUCAUGAAGAAAAUGUCUAACACCCUCCCGCUCUGUCUGCUUACCAUUCUGCUGCUGUCCCAGAUCUGCUCCGGCAUCAAAUGGCUGGCCCUAUCACACACACCUGUGUCCUUACACAUCAACCAGACCCACCACUGCAAGCUGCUGCCGGGCCUGGUGUCGUCACAAGCCCAGCUGUGUCGGAGCAACCUGGAGCUCAUGCAGACCAUCAUCGCUGCAGCUCGCGAGGUCAAGAAGACCUGCCAGAAGACCUUCGCUGACAUGCGCUGGAACUGUUCCUCUAUUGAUAUCCCCAGUGACUCCUCGAGGUAUCGACCGGACCUUGACAGAGGCACGAGGGAGUCAGCGUUCGUGUACGCCCUGUCCGCAGCAGCCAUCAGCCACACCAUCGCGCGGGCGUGCACAUCGGGGGACCUGCGGCUGUGUUCAUGUGGCCCCAUCCCCGGAGAGAUCCCUGAGCCAGGCUACCGCUGGGGUGGCUGUGCAGACAACCUACACUACGGCCUGGUCAUGGGCUCCAAGUUCUCUGACGCCCCCAUGAAGAUGAAGAAGGCAGGCUCCCAUGCCAACAAGCUGAUGCACCUGCACAACAGUGAAGUGGGGAGACAGGCCCUGAGGGAUGCGCUGGUGAUGAAAUGUAAGUGUCAUGGUGUGUCUGGCUCUUGCUCCAUACGGACCUGCUGGAGAGGCCUGCAGGACCUGAAGGAUAUCGCCAUGGACCUGAAGACCAAGUACCUGUCAGCCACCAAGGUGGUGCAUAGACCCAUGGGAACGCGCAAGCAGCUGGUCCCCAAGGACAUCGACAUCAGGCCCGUCAGGGAGAACGAACUGGUUUACUUGCAGAGCUCCCCGGACUUCUGCGCCAAGAACGACAAGCUCGGCUCCAUUGGCACCCAGGACAGGCAGUGCAACAAGACGUCCAUCGGCAGCGACAGCUGCGACCUGAUGUGCUGUGGGCGAGGCUACAACCCCUACACAGAGAAGCUGGUGGAACGCUGCCACUGCAAGUACCACUGGUGCUGCUAUGUCACGUGUAAGAAGUGUGAGAGGAUUGUGGAGCGAUACGUCUGCAAAUGAGUCCAUGUUGUCUACUUCAUCCAUCCAGUCUCUGGGCUGGGGCGACAGAUAACCAAAGCACUACGUUUCCAAGAUGGCUUACUUUUGUCUUAAGCUUUAGCAUGUAUAUUUUGACAAGAAACAGUUUAUUUUUGUUCAUCAUUUUUUAUUAAACCCUGACCCACAAGCUGGACUAAAAAGUUAAACAUUUUUACGAACGUGGACAAAUGGGUGUUGUGACAAUGCCUAUCGGUUUACCUGAAGACCACCGUCCUCAAGGGUUUUUUCUUUCCUUACACUUUCCUUACACUUGCCAUACUUGGAUAUCAAAAGUCUAUUUUCAUAUACCUUUAUUAAAAUAAAUUAUAUUGGAUGUUUGUUUUUUUGUACUUCUGGUCACGCUCUGAUGUUGACGUUCACCGUUUCCACGGAAUUCAAAGGGUUCUGAAGGAUCCAUAUUUUUUAUUGUUCAAAUGGUACUCGUUUUUUCAAGAGAGAAAGACACGCAAAGAAAGAGAGGAAAAAGGUACAAAACACACAAAGGGAACUUCAAGUACUUUCAGUCAUGGAACUUUUUAGUAACUGGUGUUGAACUGAGGACACUUGAACUCGAAUGGGGACUCGCCUGCAGACAGAAAGUUCUCUGUGCAUCCUCGGAAAAAGAACUCCCAGUGUUAGAAACAGCACAUCAUCCCUUUAAUGUCUGACAUGCAGGUAGUCCACAGCCUAACACUCAGAGCAUGUGAACAGAACACAUCGGUCUCAUAUAAUCCUGUGUUGUUAUGAACCACUCUUGAGUGGAUGUACAUACUGUCUUUUUGUAUGCUGAAUUAAAUAAUUAAAUAUUUAUAAACUAAUUAAAGAAUCUUUACCAAGCUCUUUAAAAAUUUCCCAAGACUGCACAUUAUCAUCAUCAUCAUCAUGGUGAAAAACUUGUUGGUCAUUUAGAAAAAACUUGUCAAGAGAACUACAUAAUCUCACAAGCUGAUGUUUUUGGAAUAGACAAGCUAUAUUUCUUCCCCUCGAAGCACUACUGUUUUAAUCUCCAAGUGUUAAGAAAAUAAACAUUUCAUACAAUCAUCUGUGACGCUAUGAUAAAUGAACACACUUGUGAUGUGUUAAAGUGUUUCAUCUCAAGGCCAAUUGGGAUCAACCUCUCAAUUACAAAAUACCUGGGAAACUGUUUGUUUGGACAUUCCUCACUGUCACAACAACCAUUGUAAGAAAGCUUUAAUUCUAUCACAGGUUUAGCCUAAUGCUCAUAUGAAUUAGGUGAGAUCUUGGAAAUGGUUAAACCUCCAAUUAAAAAACAAAAUAAAUCUAAUUUAUUUGAAUACAAAGGGAUAGGUUGUUACUAAAAGGAACUCUGUCAGACGUAUUACCCUCUGACCAAACCUUGUGUUGCCUUGUGGUUCUCAUGAUUCUUAACAGACACAAAUAGCUAGCGAGGGCUUGAAGCUAAGCAUCUUGGCCAAUGCUGUGCUCUGACACAUUGAGGCUCCAACCUGCACAAGCCAGACACAUGUACCACAAUUGACCUAGCCUGCCCAUGGGGGCACAGGGGCUGCCAACACAGCUACAGCAAUAUAGAACAGCAGGGGAAGUAUGUUUUUUCGCAAUCAUUGUUACAUGAGCUUUUUGGAGGCCUUUUAUGAGCUCGGUUUGUGUUUGCUUCGGUCAAUAACUGCUAACAAAUUGGUUGAUAGGCAUGUUUUAACUGAUUAAAGUCUUUCUAUUUUAGGAAUUAUGAGAAAUGUACAGCGGAGUGGAUUCCAGAUACACUGGGCGCGUUUGAGUGGUAAGGCGAAAGUAGCCGACUGUAAACAGAAGUUGACAAGUAAAGUCCGGAAGUUGACGAGUAAAGUCCGGAAGUUGACGAGUAAAGUCCGGAAGUUGACGUAAAGUCCGGAAGUUGACGAGUAAAGUCCGGAAGUUGACAAGUAAAGUCCGGAAGUUGACGAGUAAAGUCCGGAAGUUGACGAGUAAAGUCCGGAAGUUGACAAGUAAAGUCCGGAAGUUGACGAGUAAAGUCCGGAAGUUGACGAGUAAAGUCCGGAAGUUGACGAGUAAAGUCGGGGGAGGUACAAAUGCACUGACAGCAAGUCGGAAAACUUCUGCUGUUUCUGGGAAACGUUAGAAUGGGAGACAUGGCAAUCGCCUUUGUUAUUGUCGAUACAGUUGAUGUUAUCAGAAUUACACUUCUACACAAAGCUAAACAUGAUCAACAUGUUCUAAGGAAUUAAUAUUUUAAUGAUAAGGAAAUAAGAUACCAUGCCAAGCUCUUUCUAACAUUCACAGGACUUGUUUUGUAUUUUUGUGAUGGUUUUCUCAAAAUAUUAGCAGGUAGUGAGUGCACAGGCUACUAGAAUGAGAACAUACAGUGCCCUCCAUAAUUAUUGGCACAGUGAAGCAUUUUGUCUUCUUUUGGCUCUGUACUACAGCACUUUAGAUUUGAAAUUAUAUGGCGAUGAGGUUAAAGUGCAGACUGUCAGCUUUAAUUUGAGGUUAUUUUCAUCCAUAUCGGGUCAACCAUUUAGGAAUGACAGCAAAGCUAUCAACAAGGCAAGGGGUGGCUACAUUGAAGUGUCUGAAAUAUAAAAUAUUUGUUUAAGACUUUUUUGGUUACUAUAUGAUUCCAUAUGUGUUAUUUCAUAGUUUUGAUGUCUUCACUAUUAUUCUACAAUGUAGAAAAUAGUAAAAAAUUAAGAAAAUCCCUUGAAUGAGUAGGUGUCCAAACUUUUGACUGAUACUGCAUAUGUGUAUUAAAGUAAUCAAAAGUUUAGUAUUUAGUCCCAUAUUCCUAACACGCAAUGAUUGCAUCAAGCUUGUGACACUACAAAUUUGUUGGAUGCAUUUGCUGUUUGUUUUGGUUGUGUUUCAGAUUAUUUUGUGCCCAAUAGAAAUUAAUGGUAAAUAAUGUAUUGUGUCACUUUGGAAUCAUUUACAUUGUAAAUAAGAAUAGCAUAUGUUUCUAAACACUUCUAAACAUGUACAUUAAUGUGGAUGCUACCAUGAUUAUGGAUAGUCCUGAAUGAAUUGUCAAUAAUGAUGAGUGAGAAAGUUACAGACGCACAAAUAUCAUACCCACCAAAAAAUGCUAACCUCCCCUGUUACUUGCCAUUACUUCAUGCCUGUACCUUCCUCAUUACUAUUUGUGAUUGUGCAACAUGGAAUUAUAACAGAUGUGAUUAAAUGGAGUCCACAAAGA